AUGACCACUCUAAAGGCGCUAGGCCUCUUCUCCAACUACCUCACGGGCACCAUGCCUAUCCCCUCCACCUCCUUGGUCACUCUGGACGUGGGCUUUAACUUCCUCUCGGGCUCCUUCCCCCAGCUCACCCUCGCGGUUUGUGCGGCCGACCAGAAUUGCUUCCUCAACUCCUCCUACUGCCACACCUACGGCACACUGCAGCUCCCCGCCGCUGCCUGCGCCAUCUGCGGCACGACCAACGGGCAGGGAACUCUGUGUGGUGGUGCACUUUCAACCCCUCCCCAAAUCGUGCUUAACCCAGCCUCCCUCCCCAUUCUCUCCAUUCAAUCACUGCUGUCGCUCAAGGCAUCACUGGGAGCGACGUUCACCUCGUGGGAAGCAAGUGUGCCAUGCCAAGUGGCUGGAAACCAGGCUGUCACACAGGCCACGUGGUCCGACGUGCUCUGUGGUGAUACCGGGGACGUGCUUUCCAUCUCACUGGCACGUCAGAGUUUGAAGGGGUCUAUUCAUGCAGACAUCUCCAUGCUCACCGCGCUCACUUACCUAUUUUUCCACUACAACUGGUUUGCCGGAUCCAUUCCCUCCUUCAUCGCCUCGUUGCCAAAUCUCACGACACUAGGCCUCUUCUCCAACUACCUCACGGGCACCAUGCCCAUCCCCUCCACCUCCCUGGUCGCUCUGGACAUGGGCUGUAACUUCCUCUCGGGCUCCUUCCCCCAGCUCUCUCUCAAGAGCUGUUUGGCGGACCACAACUGCUUCCUCUCCUCCUACUGUCGCUCCUCCGGUCUGCUGGAGCGCCCCGCCUCUGCCUGUGCCAUCUGCGGGUCCGACGACGGCCAGGGGGAGCUGUGCUAUGGUGGGCUGUGA